ACUGGAAAAAUCUAUAAAAUUAAACAAUGUGUUUCAUAUUGGCUUGCACCAAAUACUUGGCUCGGAAAAACCCGAAGGUUUUCGUGAGAAUUUCCCAUCCGAUUGCAGUACUUUUCGUCAUCUUGACCACCUUCUUUUUUGUGGGGCUGCAAAUGUUUUACGUGAUGCCACAAUUGUUUGAUGUCGGAGGAAUGAUGUACAAGCUCGGCUGGCUACUGGCCAUCUUUAUAAUGUACAAUAUCUUUGGCAAUAUGGUGGCCUGCCACAUUACAAACACUUCGGUGGAGAGUCUGCCAAAGGAUCGGCAAGUUCCGGAAUCGGGAGAGGAGCAACUGUGGCACUACUGCGAUAUUUGCGAAAAACUAAUGCCUCCAAGAUCCUGGCACUGUAUCUUGUGCAAGUGCUGCAUUCUGAAGCGGGACAGCCACUGCCUGUUCACUGCCAGUUGCAUUGGACACAAUAAUCAGAGAUACUUUUUCUGGUGCACUUUCUUUAUGGCAUUGGGAACUGGCGUUGCAUGGGCAACCCAUACUAUUGCCACCAUGAAGUAUUUCAUUUAUUCGGAUCUGAAUACGGACAACUUACCUCCAUUUUGGCUUAUCUUCACUCUAAUUCUCAAUACUUAUACACUGGCAGCACCUGUAUCUUCGGUGAUUUUGCAAAUAUCGGCACUUGGACAUAAUGGCCCUUUGCACGACUUGAACAGUGAUAACCUCGAUAUAGCCUUAUGGGAGAAUUUCAAAAUGAUUUUGGGCAAGAAAGUCUUGUGGACCUUCCUCUCACCCACCGUUAAGAGUCCUUUGGCCCACGAUGGUACCCAGUGGAAGAUAAAAGAGUCUGACAUCAGCGAGUAUUGAAAAUCCUUCUUACCCAUUAUAUUAUAAAAACAUAGAAAACGUUUACAUGAUAUAACAACCUUUUAAAUUCUCAUCAUAGUGUUCACACCAUUCACAUAAA